CCAGCCUCCCUAUAUUGCCCCAUUGCCUAUCGCAGCGCAGGGUGAUGGACUAGUGGGAACAGAAACAUUAUGGCUGCCAGUCUCUCCCUGACUCAGCUUUCAAGUGGGAACCCUGUCUACGACAAGUACUAUCGGCAGGUGGAUCCAUCUGGCAGUGGGCGGGUAGCAGCAGCAGACGCAGCCUUGUUCUUGAAAAGAUCUGGCCUUUCAGACCUGGUCCUGGGCAAGAUUUGGGACUUGGCAGAUUCUGAACGCAAAGGCUUCCUGAACAAACAGCAAUUUUUUGUGUCUCUGCGAUUGGUGGCCUGCGCUCAGAAUGGCUUGGAAGUCUCACCCAAAAGCCUUAAUGCGACUGUGCCUCCACCAAAGUUUCAGGACACCAGCAGUCCAUUCCAGCCUGGAGCCGUUCCUGUCGACAGCCCCUGGGUGGUCAAGCCGGACGAGAAGCUGAAAUAUGAUGCCAUCUUCGACAGUCUCUCGCCGGUGGGUGGCAUGCUUACAGGAGACAAGGUCAAACCGGUGCUGCUCAACUCCAACCUCCCCUUCGACAUCCUGGGCAGGGUCUGGGAGCUUAGUGAUAUAGACAGAGAUGGAAUGCUGGACAAAGAUGAGUUUGCAGUGGCCAUGUAUCUGGUGUAUAAGGCACUUGAGAAUCAGCCUGUGCCUAUGACUCUUCCUCCCUCACUGGUUCCACCAUCAAAGAGGAAAAAGAUCAGCCCUGCUCCUGAGAUGCCCCUCCUCCCUUCACCGCCUCCGUCCAUCAAAGAAAGAAGUUCAGCUCAGUCUGGGUCCAAAACGUUACCAGCAAAGCCCACGCAACCACAGUGGGUGGUAUCUCCUGCAGAUAAAGCUAAGUAUGAUGAGCUGUUCAUUAAGACAGACAGUGAUAUGGACGGCUUGGUGUCGGGUCCAGAGGUGCGGGACAUCUUCCUAAAAACGGGACUGCCCUCCGCCACACUCGCACGCAUAUGGGAGCUGUGUGAUAUUGGGGACAUUGGGAAACUGACCAGAGAGCAGUUUGCUUUGGCUCUCCAUCUAAUCAAUCAGAAGCUCUCCAAAGGCACUGACCCUCCCCAGAAUCUCACUCCAGAGAUGAUCCCACCCUCCGAUAGACUGGCGCGACAGAAUAACGCUUUGACCUGUCAGGCCGCUGACUUCUCUGCCAUCAAGGAGUUGGACUCCCUCAGCAAUGAGAUCAUGGACCUGCAGAAGGAGAAGAGCUCUGUGGAGCAGGAGAUCAAAGACAAGGAGGAGAGCAUCAGGCAGAGGACCAGUGAGGUUCAGGACCUGCAGGAUGAGGUGCAGAAGGAGAGCGAGGAGUUGCGGAUCCUGCAGAUGGAGAGGCAGGAGGUGCAGGAAGCGCUGGAGAGGCUGGAUGAGCAGAAGUUGUUUCUGGAGGAGCAGCUGAAGCUCAUACGACAGCAGUGCAGUCAGGAGAACCAGCUGAUCCAGUCCCUGCAGGCGGAGCACAGUGAGCAGGAGCAGAGGAUUGGGGAGUAUGAGGAGGAGCUGGUGAGGGCCAGAGAGGAGCUGCUGCAGCUGCAGAAGGAGACGCGCAAUCUGGGAGAGAAAGUUUGCUCGGCUCGGGCUCAGCUCUGCCCCCUGCAGGACGCCGUCACAGAGUCACACACACAGAUAGCUCAGAUGCAGGAACAGCUGGCCGAGCUGAAGACAGAAGAGCGAGAAGUGACAGCCCAGCUCACCUGGAAAGUCCUGGAGGAAGAGCCCGCUCUGGUUAACGGAACAGCGCCCCCUGCUGAACAGCCCAAACUGCUGCAGUGGCCACAGUUCACGGAACAGCCCGUCGCUAAGCCGAAAGCCGAGGAGGAGGAAGAGGAGGAUGAGGAGGAGAAGAGCCCACAGGAUGAGCCUCAGGAGCUGAAGGUCACUGAAGAGCAGCCUGAUGAAGAGUUGGCGGAGGUCCCCUCCAGUCCGGAGGAGCUGGAGCUGAAGACGGACCCUCUGGAGAACCUGUACACCAGCAUGCUGUCCUCAACCGGCACCAUCAGCACCGCCUGGCCUCAGAGUGAGACGGAAAACACCAGCUCUCCUGUACCCGUCGUAUUGGAGGUAAAGGAAGCAGAAGAGGAGGCAAAGCAGCAGCCAACCAUCAGCACUACCAAGGUGGAGUCUCCGGCCCCGGAGCUGAAGGAGGAGCCGUCUCAGCCUGUAAUCGCCCGUCCUGGCAGCCCCUCCACUGCUGCUGGCAUAGAUUUCUUCCAGUCUGACCCCUUUACUGACAGUGAUCCUUUUAAAGAUGACGACCCCUUCUCUAAAGUAGAUGUUUCAGAUCCUUUCGGCGGUGAUCCUUUUAAAGGCUCAGAUCCGUUCGCCACGGACUCGUUCUUCAAACAGUCUUCCUCAGCCGCGUUUCCCUCAGGAGACCCCUUCUCCUCCUCAGACCCCUUCAGCUCCAGCACAGUUUCUGCUGAACCGGACCUGUUCUCCUCCCAGCUCAACAACUCCGCAGGUUCUGAUCCCUUCUCUUCCAGAGUUGAAGCUACAGCAGUAGCGGACCCUUUUACCUCCAGCAGUGAAAACGCUUCAUUCACAACCAAGACUGAGACCGAGUCGGACCCUUUCAGUUCAGUGGCUGCAGCCGGAGACGACCCGUUCAGUGCGUCGGAUCCACCGGCGAAAAACGUGCCAGCAGCAGCUAAUGACCCUUUUGCUCCUGGAGGAACAACAGUGAAUGCAGAUUCAGAUCCAGAUCCGUUUGCUACAGUAUUUGGUAACGAGUCGUUUGGAAACGAGUCGUUUGGAGGAGGAUUUGCAGAUUUUAGCAGCCUGGCAAAGUCUAACGGUACAGAUCCUUUCGCCUCGUCAAACACGAAUAGUAAAAAUUUAUUUAAGGAGGAGAAUCAGUCAGAUGUUCCUCCUGCAUUACCUCCCAAAACUGGGACCCCUACCAGACCACCCCCUCCUCCACCAGGAAAGCGGUCGAACAUCUACCGGUCGGAGUCGUCGGAGUCGUUUCAGCGGCGCGGGCUGUUCGGCUCUCAGGGUUCCGGAGAUUUCUCCUCCCUCCCCGCUAAAGACGCCGUGCCGGACCCCUUCGCCCCCUCCACCCCCUGCCAAGCCUCGCGCGACCCAGACAGAUUUGCCACCUUUGACAAAUACCCCACAGAGGAGGACAUGAUCGAGUGGGCGAAGAGAGAGAGUGAGCGGGAGGAGAGGGAGCGUCUGGCUCGUCUGACGCAGCAGGAGCAGGAGGAUCUGGAGCUGGCCAUCGCUCUCAGCAAGUCCGAGCUCUCCUGACCACCAGGAAGAGGAGGAGGAAGAAAGAGGGGAAGAGGAGGAGAAAGAGGAGGUGGGAUGAAGAGCGCAGAGUGAAGAGCUGCAGGAACUCACGGUGCAGGGAUAGACCACAGACAGACACUCCACCACCAGUUUUAUCAGAAUCCCUCUUUUUCAGCCUAACUUUGAGUCUUACUAUCUUCAUUCAGCUGCAGCCAGAGCCGCCUCCUCCUGCAGCAGGAGUGUGGGACAUGUUGUUGUACUGUAGGGGGUGAAAAAAAGUGGUAAAAAAAAGUGGUGAAAAAGGUAAAAGACUAAAGCAUCUCCUCUCCCCACUCUGUGUGUCUGAGACUCUGAGGCCUGUUCUGUUCUGUGUGCUUUUUAAGGUAAAAUCAAGUGAAUCGAAUGGCUGCCUUAUAGAUUGGUAAUUUUAUCAGAUCCACAGUGCUAUGCACUUCAUAAUCCCAUUAUAAACACAAUUCUGCAGGCAUCUUCAUUAUUCAGGUAGUUGUAAGUUCUGAAUCUGAUGUAAAAAAAAAAAAAGCUGUUUUUAGUGGAGUGUUUGUUGAGAUUUCUCAGUGAAAAAGUGUAAACUCUUAACUAGAGAAUUUUGGAUGUGCAUAAGCGAAAACAGACCCUAGCCUUUUAACACAGCAGCUGCAAGAUGACGAGACCAACACUCUGGGAGCUUCAUCUUCUAGCUGAUGUAUGUUUAUAAUAUGGAUUUGAUGUAUUAAAGAACUUAUUGACUGGUUGCAAAGCAAAAACCUGAUAAUUGGCUUAAUAAUUUCUCUAGUUUCAGUGCAAAAGUGUAAACUCUUAACCAGAGUUAUUCUGGGUAACCCAGGAAUUCUGGGUAUUUAUAUGAUUUGUCAGCAUGUGCAUAAGCGAAAACAGACCCCCUAUUUCUUAGAUUUUUGUCAGCGUGUGCAUAAGCGAAAACAGACCCUAGCUUUUAAACACAGCAGCUGCAAGAUGACGACCAACACUUUGGGAGCUUCAUCUUCUAGCUGAUGUAUGUUUAUAAAAUUUGAUUAUUGGCUUAAUAAUUUGUCUAGUUUUCCCCAUUUUCUGAUUACCUAAGUUCAUCUAAACACAGAGAUCGCAUUUUAGCUGAGUAUUAGUUUAGAUUUCUCAGUGCAAAUGUGUAAACUCUUAGCCAGAGAAUUUUGGGUAUUUCUUUGAUUUGUCAGUGUGUGCAUAAGCGAAAAUAGACCCCAGCUUUUUACACAGCUGCUGCAAGUUUUAAUAUGUUUAUAAUAUGGAUUAAUGUGUUAAAUAACUUAUUGGCUGGUUGCAAAGUUGAAAAAAAUCAGAUUAUUGGCUUAAUAAUUUCUCUAGUUUUCCCAUUUACUUUUGUAUAAACACAAAAAUCAUAUUACUGACUUACAAACUCUGAUGUUCUGCAGUUUUAUGGUUUUAGGUUUAUAAUCGGAUUAUGAAGUGCAUAUAAACACAUUGACUGACACACAACUCCACUUCCCCCCUGCGUAUUGCAUUUAGGUUGCUAUAUAUGUUAUUUUUUUAAAGGUAAAUGAAUGAAAUGUCUAGAAAGGUUUGGAAACAUUUACACUAGAUCAGUUGACGUUGGUGACCUGAGAAGCCCAGCUGUUCUGAAUUUUAAAUGUAAUGUGAAAAGUGCUAAAAGUGAUCAAUCUGUGGUUGAACAGCAGUAAAAUGCUGAAAAUAGCAUUAAGUAACUGGAGAUAAUUGGAGAUAAUUGGUGAUCUUUCACAGUGUACAUCUGGAGAUCACCAAACACUGGGCCCCUGAUCUUCACUUUAGCUUGAUUACUUUAUUUGUAGCAUCUCAGUCCAUUAAUAAAACACUUAUAAAUACUACAGAGAAUCCAAAUUAGAGAAAAAUUAGGAAAUGCUGCGUUCCACUUGAACAGUGAUUCUUGUUGAGUUCCUGUUGAGUGUUUUUUGUUAAAUGUCUUAAAAAAUGGUCUAAAAUCAUUUGAAUGUUUAACUGGAACACUAUAAACUCCAGCUCCCGGCUCCUCUAGAUCCUACCUUACGACGUCUGAGGUCAGUGGAAUGCAGCAUAACUAUAACUCCUAAUACGAAGUGUCUUUAAAACUCAAUCAGGGCCGACCUCACAAAUAUCAGAUUAGUAUAUAAGGGUCUAAGAUACUUUUGGAAAACCAAAAAUAUCUUAAAAACUGAUGUAAGAACUUAAAAAUGACUUUUUAAAGAAAUCCUCUUACUAAUCCCCUUGCUUAUGAGAUUUUUUUUUGGUCCAUUUGGAGAUCUUGUGUUUCUCUGAAGUUCCUCUCCAGUUCCUGGAGGGUUCGAUUCAGCUCAUAUUAAAUAUAUAUUUCCCUGCUUCAGGUCUAAUUUAGCAGGGAACUCACUAACUGUGUGCUGAGCAUCAGUCCUCCGGGACUGGAAUUGAACCGUAGCACACAGGCUCUCCUGAUGGGCUUUAUUUCCCUGUUGGACGACGCUGUGAUUAGGUUUUAAAAGUAUUUGUGGGAAUGUACAGUAAUUGUACAGCAUAUACCUAACUAUAUAUUGAGUAAUUCAGUAUAUUUGUAUCUUGCACUAAUCUAUCUUAGCUAAAGUAAUACCCGUGAUGAGAUGCUAAUGAAAUAAUACACUAUAAAAAAACAAACACAUUAAUUAAAGUGGAGUUUUAAUCCCUUUUCACGUCUAGAGAAAAAGAGAAUGUGAUGAAACGUCUGCAGUAAAGUGAGGAGAAAAAUGUGGGGUUUUGUUUUGAUGCCGAAGGAAACAGAGUUUUUUCAGGUUAUACUUUUUUAGUAUUGAAGCUACAGGAAAGUUGGCUGAUAUAAGAACCUACUGUGUAAAGUUUCAACCACUAAGAUAAACUACUAGAUAUGCACCAAAAUUUAAAUAUUGGACCAAAAACAAAACCUAAGAAAAAUAAAUAAAUAAAAACAUUUGUCCAAAAAUGAAAACAAACAAAAUUAAAACGUUUGUCCAAAAAUGUAAACGUUUAGCCGAAAAUGUCUGAAAAUUGAUCCGAACAAAAUGUAAACAUUUGUCCAAAACUGGAUUAAAACAAAAUUUAAACAUUUUGCAGAAAAUGGGUCCUAAUACAUUUUAAACAUUUGGCCGAAAAUGGAUCCAAACUAAAUUUAAAUAUUUGUCCGAAAAAGGAUCCGAACAAAAUUUUAACUUUUGGCUGAAAAUGGAUCCAAAACUAAAUUCGAAACAUUUGGUCAAAAAUGGAUUCGAGUAAAAUUUAAACAUUUGUCAGAAAAUGAAUCCUAAAAAAGGUAAACAUUUGUUUGAAAAUGGAUCCGAACAACAUGUAAAUGUUUGGCUGAAAAUGUACCGAACAAAAUUUAAACAUUUAGUUGAAAAUAGAUCGAACAAAAUUUAAACAUUUGGCCGAAAAAUGGAAUCAAACAAGCUUAAAAUGUUUGGCCAAAAAUGGAUCUGAACAAAAUUUGAACAUUUGGCCGAAAAUGAAUCCAAACCAAAUUUAAAUGUUUGGCUGAAAAUGGUUUCAAACUAAAUUUAAACAUCUGCCCGAAAGCGAACAAAAAUUUCGUUUUCAUUAAUUUUGCCAAUUUUUGCACCAUUACACAAAUUAAAUAUCCUAAAUCUAUUGUUUAUUAAUUACACUAUUACACAAUUUAAUUUAAAAUGCAAUAUUUGAAGAGUAAACAUUGUAGCAUCCCAGCAAACAGGCCAACAAAAUGCAGUAGGAUUUUUUAAUGCUGGAAAUGCAUUUUGUUUUACACUGUUUCAGCCAAAUAAUUUUGGAUUCUAUAUAUUUAGUCCAUCCCUUUCAAAGUUGAAAAAGAAUAGACAUCAGUGUUGUCCAAAAAUAAAAUGAUAAAAUAUAAUAAUCCACACACAUUUCUAAAUGCUCAGUGAAUGUUUAGCAAAUUUUACUGAUGUUCAGGAUUUUUAGACGAAUGUAACGUUGUGGUCACUGAUUUUCUUUUUUCUUUUUUUUUCUGUAUUUGGUUAUUGAACAUUUCUGAAUAUCAUCAUCAUCAAGACAAAACCAUGUAUCUCCAAGAAAUUUGGUAAAUGCACAAAUAGUCCAGUAUUUCAAAUUAAAAGUACGUAGUGAAUUUUUUUUUUUUUGUUCUGUAAAGAGACUUUUAUUUUGGAGGUUUUUGUGUG